CAUCCUUUAUUGUUGGUUCCAGAAUGGUUCGAGCAAGCUGUGUCCUGGCAAGCUGCGCGCUGGUGGGACUCCUCCUGGCGGUACCGGCGGCGACUUACCCCAGGUAUCAAAACAACUACUACCGUAACGACGGCCCCUACGACCCUGAGGAGAUCAUGGACAUGCUGAACCGCCUCGGAAACCUCAUCCAGAUGGAACGCAAAAUGGAAAACUUUAAAGACGACAUUACUAGUUAUAAAGAUGACAUUACUAGCGAGAAACGCGCCAUAGACCUGGGUCUCAGCCGCGGCUACUCCGGCGCCAUGCAGGCCAAGCACCUACUCGGCCUCGCGGCGGCCAACUACGAGGGCGGCCCCGGCCGGAGGCGGCGAGACGCGCACUAGACGGAGGCCUAGAGGCCUGCUGCGGAAGACCUCGUGUGACGCGCUGCUAUUAUUUACCUAGUUUUCAAUGUCUCCGAGACCAUAGCCAAUGUGA